AUGAACGCGGAUGUCCUCACUCUAAAAGCGUGAAGAAAAUGCAAUUGUUGUCAUAGUGUUAGCUUUUAAGUUGAAUUUUAAAGUCGAUAAAACAAGCCGAAAAAAUCCCAAAAUGUUGCUCACAAACAUUCAGGGCGUUGCUUUGAUCCUCGCGACUUUGUUUUGUGUGUUCGAAUGCCACGGUGAUGUGGAGAAAAUCAAUCAAGGUGUACGACUUGAAACCUCUUCCCAAACAGAGUUUGGAACUGUCAGCGUCCGAGCUGGGGCUAAUUCGACAAAUUCUACCGAGUUGACAUACGGUUUUGUGUCGUGCAUUGUGUCCGUCCUGUUUUUCGGGAGCAACUUUGUCCCAGUAAAGAAAAUUGACACUGGCGAUGGGAUGUUUUUCCAGUGGGUGUUGUGUGCUGCUAUAUGGACCGUGUCCUUAGUGGUGAACAUCAUACUUCAUUGUCCCACAUUUUGGCCGCUGGCAAUGUUAGGGGGUGCUAUCUGGGCCACAGGUAAUAUUACAGUGGUGCCUAUACUGAAAACCAUAGGCCUCAGCCUCGGAAUUCUAAUCUGGGGGUCCUUUAAUCUUCUGAUGGGUUGGGCGAGUUCAAGGUUUGGCUGGUUCGGCAUUGACCCUGAAGAAGUAGCUAAGCCUGUGCUGAACUACUGUGGUGCUGGACUGUGUCUGUUAAGUGCCAUCAUAUUUUUCUUUGUCAAAACUGAUAUUCAGAGAUCACAAUCUGCAGAAGAGACGCCUUUGCUGAUAGACAGUAGAAUUAAUUCAGAAGGGCUGGCUUCCUCAGAUGAGUCAUGGGUAGACACACUCAAUCCAAAGACCAAGCGUCUCAUAGGCUCAGGUCUUGCUGUCAUUGCGGGCCUGCUGUACGGCUCCUCCUUUGUGCCUGUGCUCCAUAUUAAAAACCACGCCGCGCGGAACGACAGCGCGUUCGCCGGGGCCAGUCAGUUCGAUCUGGACUAUGUCUUUGCUCAGUUCAGUGGAAUUUUCCUUACCAGCACAGUUUAUUUUCUGAUCUACUGUGCAGUCAUGAAAAAUAAACCAAAAGUAUACUCUAAAGCCAUCCUACCAGGUUUUGCCUCUGGGAUAAUGUGGGGAAUAGCUACCUGCUGCUGGUUCCUAGCCAACAACUACCUGAGUGCAGUGGUCAGCUUCCCCAUCAUCACAGCUGGCCCUGGCCUAAUUGCUGCUGUCUGGGGAGUCUUAGUUUUCAAGGAGGUAAAAGGUUUACGAAAUGGCUUUGUCCUGGUACUGGCCUUCUGCAUUGUUCUCAGCGGGGCGCUUCUGACUGCAUUCUCCAAGAUGUGAAUUACAACAGGUGUACUGUAUGGCCACAAGGUGGCGAUAUUUGGCAAAGGACUUACUGAAGGAAACUGGGGCCUUUGUUGAAGUCCCGGUGUACGAUUCUCAAUGUGUACACCUUAUUCAAUGGUGGAAUAACAUUGUUGGUAAACUGCACAAUUAUUUAAUGCAAUUAUACAGAUAGUUACAUUCAUUGUUCUCUUAAUUCACUCAGGUGUUUGCUGUGGCAUUUUCCUUUGAUGGAAUAACGACACUAAUGUAUUAGUGUUUUUGAAAUUGUAUGGUGUCGUAUUGUGUAUAACACGUAGUUGUUUCACUGAAGAACCACCAUAAAUCUUGUUUUGAUACUGUUUGUUCCAUUAGUAAUUCCACUGUGAAAGGGCUGAAGUCCUAUAGACAGACUUGCAGGAAAAUGGUACACAUUUACAAAAAAUAGAUUAUUGUCAACUGUUGUAUGCCAAAUUUGCAGCAUGAAUGGGUGUUGAGAAAAAUUAAGUGCUCUGGUUUAAGCUUUGAUUUAUUGAUCAGUUUAAUUAAGAAAAAAUUGAACUGAUCAGUAUUUAUGUAUUCAAGGGAAAAUGGAUAGAGCCAUAUGAAGAAAGCUACUGGACAGGAUGUGUUAUACAGAGUUUAGCUCUCCACAUAGUACAUAAUCUGCAGUGGUGACUAUAGGACCCUCUGUCCUUGAAUAUUUCCUCCUUCUUUCAUAGAACUGUGUGCAAUUAGCUCAUUACUGUGCAUAUGAGACAUUAUACUUUAUUCCGAGACAUGUCUAUUUAAAGGGAAUCUUGAGCUGUUGUCUGAAAAAAAUCAUGACCUGUUCAUGGACUGUUAUGUUGAGCUUAUGUUAAUAGGAGCAUGAACGUGUCUUGAAGUUCAGUGGGACAAUUUAGUAUGUGCCAGAACAUGAAACGCAGGGAAUGUGUUUGGUUAGACAUAUAAAAUAUUUUUACAUCAGGCAUGUGAAGGCCAUGUACCCAGUGCAUGUUUGGGACAUCCAGCCAAAUUCUUCCUUCUCUCCCAAAAAAAAAAAAAA